GCGGGGCGCGGCAGGCGCGGGGACAAGGCGCAGGGAGGACGCGGCUGGGCGCCCAUGGCGUUCGCGCUGCUGCGCCCCGUCGGCGCGCACGUGCUGUACCCGGACGUAAGGCUGCUGAGCGAGGACGAGGAGAACCGCAGCGAAAGCGACGCGUCGGACCAGUCGUAGGCGGCCAACGCGCGGGAGCGGGACCGCACUCAGAGCGUGAAUACGGCCUUCACGGCGCUGCGCACGCUCAUCCCCACCGAGCCGGUGGACCGCAAGCUGUCCAAGAUCGAGACGCUGCGCUUGGCGUCCAGCUACAUCGCGCACCUGGCCAACGUGCUGCUGCUGGGCGAUGCGGCCGACGACGGACAGCCGUGCUUCCGUGCGGCUGGCAGCGCCAAGAGCUCGGUCCCCGCCGCCGCCGCCGCCGCCGCCGACGGCCGCCAGCCACGCUCCAUCUGCACCUUCUGCCUCAGCAACCAGCGCAAGGGGGGUGGCCGUCGAGACCUGGGAGGCAGCUGCUUGAAAAUGAGGGGGGUGACCCCACUUCGAGGGCCGCGGAGAUGAGCCUGGGCCAUUGCAGCAUUUGUUCCAAAUAAGACUCUGGAGAAGGAAGCCAGCUACUGGCUGGGCAGGGGAGAAGACCCCAGACAACAUCGGACCCAUCCCUUCUCUGUAGGGAGCAGAGGACAGUGGCCUGAGCCCAGGGUCCUUUGGGGAAGGCCCCUGAACAUCUCCAUCCCACCCUGGAGACCUGUGAGGACCCAUCCAGCUUACCCAGGCCUAGCUGCUCAGAGACAUUGGAAAACCAAAGACUUGGUGAUCUGUAGAGGGUGUGUGCGUGUGUGUGCAUGGGUGUGUGUGUGUGAGAGAGAGUUGGUGGGGUUUGAAAUAAAAGUAUUUUUAAAUAAGAGACAUCAUUUCCCGCUGAGG